GAAAAAAACAAGCGUUUUCUUUUUUUUUGUUUCAUUUUUACACUAUUUCUUUAGCGUGGAUUAGUGCUUCACAUUAUGAAACGUGCUCAUAAUAUUAGCACUGAAAUUGAACAACAACCACAUUAUAAUAUACAUACAUUAAAAGGUUAUGCUGAAAAAUUCUUCAAAUCGACAAAAAUAACUGCUUGGCAAUAUGAAAAAGAUGAUAUAAAAGCAGGUCUACUUCGAAAACUUGAUCAAAAACCAGAACUCCAAGCGAAAGCAGUACAAAUGUUUCAUUCGAUACAACAGUAUGCAAAAAUGUCACCACAAGAUAGAAAAAAGAUACAACAGAUCGAUAUUGAUAGUAUAUUUGAUGCAGCAUUUGAAAAAGCGAAAGCAUUAAAAGAAGAAUUAUAUUGUCAGUUAAUAAAACAGCUGACUUAUUGUCCCGAUAUCAAGAUUGAAACCCGAAUGUGGGAAUUACUAUGGUUGUUAACGGGUUGUUUAGUUCCUGGUAAAGCUUUGUUACAACAUGUGCAAUUAUUUUUAAGAUCAAGUUCAAAUCCAGCAGCCUUAGAAUGUUAUAAUCGUAUACAAAAAAUUCUAAAACAAGGAGAGCGUGUACGUCCACCCCAUGUUAUUGAAUGUAAUGCUCGAAUAAAUCGUGUUAAAAUUCGCCAAUAUGUACACUUUCCAAACGGUCGUGAACACGAUUUUGUUGUUGAAUCAACAACUAAAGCCAUUGAACUUGUGGCAAAUAUAUGUAAAGAAUUAAAAAUAUCAUCAUCGGAUGGUUUAAGUGUAUUUUUAGAAACUGGGAAAAAAAUGGUAAGCAUUCCCAAUGACUCAUACUUUUUCGAUUUUCUAACACAACUUCGUGGACAUGAUAAAAAAAAACUUGACUAUAAAAUACAUUUCAAAAGAAAAUUAUGGAUCGAUAUUGUACCAGGCGAAGAUCGUCAAGCAGACGCUAUUGUUCACUUUUAUCAGGAAAAAGACAAAUAUCUUCUCGGUUUACACAAAUGUUCAAUGGAUGAUGCCGUCAAUUUAGCUGCUUUAUUAGCCAAAGCGGAUAGGGGAAAGGGUGCACCAGAAAGUAAUCUUGCCAAUUUUGUACCAGAAUUUUUGAUUAAAUCAGCUCCACAAUCGGAAUGGGCGAAAAAAAUUUAUAAUGUUUCAAAUCAAAUACGAGAUAUUACUGAUGAUGAUGCGAAAGAAAAAUUUUUAAAAUAUGUAUCCGCAUGGCCGACAUAUGGAACAAGUUUUUAUCAAAUUAAAAAUGAAACAGAAAACGAUUUUCCAGAAGAUAUGUUUAUAUGCAUUAAUCAAAAUGGUAUUAAUAUAAUGAACGCAAUAACAAAGGAAUAUGCUGCUAAAUAUGCCUAUUUCAAUAUAAAUCACAGUUCAAAUGCCAUCUCAUUUCUUCUUGAAGUACAUCUAGGACGACAAACAAAGAAAUAUGUUUUCGAUACAGAGAUGGGCGAUAUUAUAGAAGAUUUAAUCGACGAAUAUUUAAGUGUAACGGCACAAGAUGAACAACCUGAUUACUAA